AGGGGGGUUGUGGGUGGAAAGGGUAAGUCUCCUUCCUGUCCUGCACCCUUCCUUUCUCGGGGAGAAACUGCCUUUUGUAUGUUUCUUCAUCUUUGGAGCAAUCUAGGGGGGCUGCAGAUUCCCAGAAGUUGAGCUGAAAAAAGGCUUGCAAGGGGAAGCUUGGGUGACACAGCCAGGGACAAAAAAAUGGCAGAAAGUAACCUGCUUGGACGGGGACCGAGAGCGAACCAAAUGGAAAGAAACCCUCAUGGCUUCCAAGGGGGGAUUUCAACUGGGGCACCUCCGCCACAACACAAGGGGCUGCGACAGCACAAGGCAACUCGAGAGCAGGAAAAGGACCUGAAAUCGGUGCCGUCUCCUUAUUCUGUGUGGAGACCAUCACGGUUAUUUGAACCUGUGUCCAAGGAGGAGAGGAACGAAUUUCAGGCUACCUACCAACUAGGAAAAGAAGCCAGCCAGUUGCCCAGAGGAGGGUGCACGAUUGCAACACGGGCGUUGCCAUCUCUUGGUGGGGAAAUGCAAGAGGCCUACAGAGGUUUGGAAAAUUCCAGGAUGUUGAAGGGACAGAUUCCGGAUGAGGAGGACCCCGAUUGCUUGGAGAUCCAUCGCCAGCACUUCAGGCAUUUCUGCUAUCAGGAGAUUGAAGGGCCCCGGCGGGUCCUGAGCCAACUCCGGGAACUUUGCCGCCAGUGGCUAAUGCCAGAGAGGCACACCAAGGAGCAGAUUGUGGACCUGGUGAUCCUGGAGCAGUUCCUGACCAUCUUGCCCCUGGAGAUGCAGAUCUGGGUCUGCAAAGGUGGUCCUGCCACCUGUGCCCAUGCUCUGGCCCUAGCUGAAAGUUUCCUCUUGAAGCUGCAAGAGGCUGAGAGCCGCGAACAAAAGGUGUCCGGACUCCUGGCAGAGGCAGUUGUUAAUUCCCCUGCAUCUGAUCAGGAUGCAUCAGACACCGUGGAGAUGGAGCUCUCCACGGAGGGCGAAGAGGAUGAGGAUGAGGAGGAAGCUGUUUUGCUGGAACAUGAAGAGGAUGGACAGGAGAACAAGGAAAAGGAGGAGUUUCUUCUGGAAAAACCCAAACUCACAGAAUGGGGACUGGCCCUGGAUCAAGAAGUUAAAGGGACAUUUUUCCAGGGUCCCGUUGCAGAACAGAUUCUUGGGAAUUGCCAGGAAAAUGUUCCAGGGAAGGCUGCAAAACAUACUUCCCACUCUGUAGAAAGUGAGAAAGGCUUACGUGAACGGAGCCUCCAAGAGGAAACCCUCACGCAGAAGAGAACGAAGGCCAGUGCCGAAAACGGCCUGCGUCCCAGCCUUCUGAAGAACCAGAAAACACAAACCAUAGAGAAGCCACGUCGGUGCACAUCUUGCGGGGAGCGCUCCCACAAGAGAUCGUGCUUGGCUAUGCGCGAGAGGGCCCCCAGCGGAGAGCAACCGCUUAAAUGCCCACAGCGAAGCCACGAGUUGCCUAAGUGUCUUGUCACGCUCAGGCGUGACGAAGGCCUGCAUGGGAGCCAGGAGGGAAUCUGCAGGUGGAAGGUGAAAAAACGGGGCAGCGACUGUCGGCAGUUCCAUCACCUCAGCUCUGACAACUGGAGAACGCAGAAGGGAGAAAAGCUGCCCAAAAGCUUGGCUUGCGGGGAAAGGGUCCCUUGGCGCCCCACCUUUCCGAGUCUCGAACAGGUUGACCAGGGAGGAAAGCCACACCAGUGCUUCGAGUGUGGCAAAAGCUUCAGCCAGAAAGGAAACCUGAAUAUCCACAAGAAGACCCAUACAGGGGAGAAGCCAUACCCCUGCUCCGAGUGCGGGAAAUGCUUUGUGACGAACUCUCGGCUGCUCACCCACAAAAGGGUCCACACGGGCGAGAAGCCGUACAACUGCUCGUACUGUGGCAACAACUUCAGCCAGCUGGCGCAUCUGGUCCAGCACCAGAGGAGGCACACGGGGGAGAAGCCAUACAGUUGCCCUUACUGUGGCAAAAGCUUUAGCGUGAAGGCCAACCUUAUCACACAUCAGCGCACCCACACAGGGGAGAAGCCCUAUGAAUGCUCUGAGUGUCCAAAAAGCUUCGUUUCAAGCUCUGACCUUAAAAAACAUAAAAAGGUACACACGGGGCAACUGUACACGGGGGUUAAAUGCACAGAGCGGUUGUGCCUAGAGAGGCCACAGAAACUGAAGGGGAGGUGUGAAAAGAGAAGCCACCUUCCGGCACUUCCCUCCUCCCCCUCCCCUUUUGGUAAAAAACGUGGAGGUAUUGGGGGGCUGCCGCGGAGUCUCAGGGUGGGCGCAUUGCAAGGGCUGCCGGGAGCAGUCCUGGAAGCGCAGCUAGGAAGAAACAUGGAGGAAGAGGAACCUGCAGCAUCCAAACCAGAAGAGAGCUCAGCAGCAGGAGAGGAAGACCCUCACGUUGUCCAAGUUGGGACCACCCAGGGGUUUCUGACUGGGGAAGGCCCACAGCUGCAAGUGAAGCAGGAGCCGGAGGAGGGGCUGCAACAGCGUUGGGAGAGCCAAUGGCAGGAGUUCCUGAAGACGGUAGAGGAGUCCCCCCUGCAAGAGAGGGGCGGCUCGCAGCUGCCUCAGCCGUGGCCGGAGGAUGAUACAAAGGGAUUUCAGGCCUCCUUGAAGAGAGUCACUGAUGACACGCAGUGGCCAGGAGGAGAGGACACAGUUCGCUCCCGUCCUGAUGUCGGUGGAGAACCCCAGGAGGCCGACCAAAACCUGGGAUCUAGGGUGAAAGUGAAGGAAGAGAUUCUGGACGAGGAGGCUGACUCAGAGGCGCAGUGGCAGCACUUCCAUCAGUUUUGUGACCAGGGUGCCGACGGGGCAGAAAAGACAUCAGGGGCCCCCAGUGACAUGACUGUAAAAUCCCCCAAAUCGGAGGAAGAUCCAUUGGACAUUGUCAAGUUGCAGAUCCCUCUGGAGGUCAAGCAGGAGAGUGAUUGGGAGGCCAACUCACUGGACUGUGACAGUCAAGUGCUGAAGAACGAGGAGGAGACCUUUGAGCUGGAGAGACCUAGAGACUUGGGUGUUGGUGGAAUGCCAUUGGAAAGAGCCGAAGGGGUGUUUUUCUGGGGGCCUGGGGGGGAAAUAAAACCUGGAAGUCAACAGGGACCAGAAUGGCAUUUGGGGAAGAGCGUCAAGCGAGGCUUUCUGUACGAGGAAGGGGGCCAAAGCUUAUAUGAAACAACCUUCCAGUGUAGGAAAAAGAUAAGUCCCAACAGUGGACAGAGAUGUCUUCAGGCCAUUGAUCUCUCUGACAGUCCACAAAUCCAAGCAAAGGAUAAACUACAUAAAUACACGCACUGUGGGAAAAUCUCAUCCAGCAGCAAAGCCUCCCUUAUUCCCCACGAGAGGACUCAUGCAGGAGGGAAAACGUACAUCUGCUCUGAGUGUGGGAAAAGCUUUGGUUGGAGAACAAAUCUCAUUAAACACAAAAGAAUCCACACGGGGGAGAAGCCGUAUAAAUGCUCAAACUGUGGCAAAAGUUUCAACGCAAAAUCCACCCUCAUUAAGCAUGAGAGGUCCCACACGGGAGAGAAGCCGUACGGGUGUACGGAGUGUGGGAAAGCCUUUGGGGAAAAGGGGAUACUCGUUAAACACCUCAGGAUCCAUUUGGGAGAAAAGCCACACAAAUGUUCAGACUGUGGCAAGAGCUUCAUUGAGAGAGGUGCCCUUAUUAAACAUGAGAGAACCCAUACAGGAGAGAAGCCGUACGAAUGCUCGGAGUGUGGGAAAACCUUCAGGAUCAGCUGUCAUCUUAAACUGCAUAAAAGGACGCACACUGGCGAGAAGCCACACAAAUGCUUGGAAUGCGGGAAAAGCUUUAGUGAGAGAGCUUCUCUGGUGAAACACGAGCGGACUCACACAGGAGAGAAGCCGUAUAAAUGCUCUGAGUGUGGGAAAAGCUUCCGGAUCAGCUUUCAGCUGGUGAUUCACAAACGGACCCACACAGGCGAGAAACCACAUGAAUGCUCUGACUGCGGCAACAGCUUCAGGGAGAUUGCCUCCCUUAUUAAACAUAAGAGAACCCACACAGGCGAGAAGCCGUACGAGUGCUCCGAGUGUGGGAAAAGCUUCAGGACCAGCUUUCAGCUGAAGACGCACAAAAGGACACACACGGGAGAGAAGCCGUAUCAUUGCUUGAACUGCGGGCAAAGUUUCAGCCAGAGAUCACGACUCGUUAUACAUGAGAGGACCCACACGGGGGAGAGACCGUACGGCUGUCCUGAGUGUGGGAAAAGCUUUGUCUCUAGCUCUCACCUCCGGAAACACACUGUCGUGCACACGGGAGAGAGGCCGCAUAAAUGCUCGUAUUGUGAGAAGAGCUUCAGUAAGAAAUCCAACCUUGUUGUGCACGAAAGGAUCCACACUGGAGAGAAGCCGUAUGAAUGCUCGGUGUGCGAGAAAAGGUUUUGUAGUUCCUCUGUUUUUCAUAGACACAUGAAAAUCCACCCAGGAGAAGCAUCCUAGGAAACGGCUCUGGGGUGAAAACCAGAGAACUGAGGAAAGCAUCUUGUAAUAGAGCUAAAAUGGGGUGAUAUUGGGAGGGGAAACAUGCCACAGGGACUGUCUCGAAAGAGAAGCAAAAUGGCCAUCAAUGGGUUUGUAAUAUAUUGACAUUUAUAAAAACAUUACAUAGGGAGUGGCCGUAGCUCAGUGGUAUACCAACUUUGCAUGGAGAAGGUCCAAGGUUCAGUUCUUGGGGUCUCCAGGUAGGGCUGAGAAUAUCCUCUCUGAAUCCCUGGAGAACUGCCAGUCAGUGCAGACAGUACUAAGUUGGAUGGGCCAAGUGGUAUUAUGACUUGGUAAGAAGGCAGCUUCUUAUGUAAAUUAUACAGGGGUUUUCCCCCCCGUUAUGGAAUAAACAGGUGUGUUUCCGAGAUGGGAUCUGAGCUGCCAACAUCUCCUCACUCAGAGGCUCAGUGUUGGCAGCUACUCAUUGGCCUUGGGCCUGUAACCUAACACAGCAAAGUGCAUUCAGCCGUGAAGCGCUUUGGAUGGGAGAGGAGAACAUUGUACAUUUCUGUAGCAAAUAUCCGAGAAGCCAUUCUGAAUGCCCCAGAUUCUACCAGUCAUUCUCCCAGGGGUCAGUCCAGGUGCAACAGCUGUUUUAAACCCUUUACCUGUUACAGGUAAUCGCCCAUAUUUUUAUGGCGGCUGGGGGUGGUGGUCAGAGUAUAGAAUUGGGAACAUGAGUAGAAAUUACGGCAUCCCAGAAAUCCCGCUUGGAACUCAAAACUGCACUGCAGCCUUCACUAAGUUGGUACCGUCCAGCCGUGCUGGCUGGGCCAGAUGGAAAUUGCAGUCCAAAACAUCUGAAGGGCAUCAAGGUGAGGAAGGGUGCUGUCUUGGACAUUUGGGAAAAGUAUACAGAACCAGAACCUUUGCUUUGAAAUGACAUCUUCGGAAGUCCUGGUCAAUGGAAGGGUCUGUGAGGAGCAAGGCUACGUACACGCAACAUUUUAUUCUAGAAUCGAUGGAGACUGAAUUCUUGUUUCUUCUACUGUCUCCACACAUAAUCUAGACCUAUCGUGUAUUUCUUCUGCCCCUAAAAAGCACUUCCUGGUAAACUCCUUUCAUUCUGGAACUCAAGGCUCAUUGCAGAUUGAUUCUGUCUUACCCUGCAGUGUGGCGGUCAGUUGUAGGCGGUCCGAGCAAUGGGGGAUGUAUCCACGCUUGCCCAAUGUCGCUGUGGAUGGGAGUAUACCAAGAUCGCAGGUGGAGGGUUUUCGAACGUGUAAUCUAAUCAAGAGGAAGGUUUUCAAACUACAGUAGGGCCCCGCUUUACGGCGCUCCGCUUUAUGGUGCUCCACUAAUGGGGAGGUCUCAAUUAGACUAAGGCCCCACUCAUACGGCGCUUGUUCCGCUUUUAUGGCGUUUUUUGGGCAUUGGGUGCCAUUCUAUUGAAUGAGUUCCGCUUUUUGGCAGUUUUCGCUUUUUGGUGGGGGUCCGGAACAUAACCUGCCGUAUGAGUGGGGCCCUACUGCAUAAGUUUUCAAACUAUAUGUUACUUUAUAUCACACCCACACACUGCCUGGACAGCAGGAUCUGCAAUAAAUCUAGACUGAAAGCAGCAUGUUGAGGAUGAGCAUGAACAAUUCCGUAUUGAGCAAAACCACAUUUUUGGGCUACAAACGGGUUAGCGUGUACACAGCCUUAAGUCCGUCUCCUUUUUAGGUUUGGGCAUGAAUGACAUCUGGGGUGAGGAUGGGCCAGCAGAUGUAAGGCCUGCUUCCUCUUCACGUGGAUGCCUCUCUCAUCUUUAAGGCACUUCACCACUCUUGGUCAGUUUUCAGAUAAGCAUAUCUACCUCUGAUGCAGGGCUAGUGCCCAAACACUUUGGAACUGGCUUAAAAACGAUUGUCAGUCAUUUUAAAACAUUUUCUCAAUCCUGUUCGUGAGUAGAUGCAGUCGCUGGAAGAAUCCCAUUCCCCUGCAGAGGGAAAACCAGUAUUUAGGGUUGCCUCUUUUGUACUUCUUUUCAACCACAGUUACCGGCUCUGAGCCGAUCAGGUCACGAGAAUUUCAGUGCUUCAGUUCACAGUGUUUAAAUUUAGUUGGGUUAAACGCAUUGGCUGUAAGUGUUACGUUGUGAUCCUUUUCCUUUUUUCUCAUUAAAGCCUCCCGUUCUAAAGCUUCAUGUCAUGUUUAUGUUUGUAUGCUGUUUAUGUCUGUAUUGGGGCAAGAAUGUAUAAUCAAUUAUAUAUAUUGCAUGCCCACUGUAAGGUCUCACGGCAGGUUACAACAAUAACAUACAGUUGUAAAAAUAAAUAAAAUCAUUACAAUGAUUAAAAAACAGUACAACCAUUCCAGCCAAAACAGAACAGUACAGAUUCAUCAAAAAAAAAGGGGG